GAAUGGUUCUUUUGUGCAGGCAAGCCGAAGUUAUCUGUACGCGCAUUGAAGCGUGCGUUAAAUUAAAUCAAAAUCCAUCAACGACAUCUCCGUUUAAAUGCGUGAGGUAAUUUCGAUUCAUGUCGGACAAGCCGGUGUCCAAAUUGGAAACGCAUGCUGGGAGUUGUACUGCUUGGAGCAUGGCCUGAUGAAGGAUGGCUAUUUCAAUGAAGAGUAUCUGAAAAACAAAAAGGGUGAGGAUGACAGCUUCAGCACAUUCUUCUCGUCCACCGGCUCAGGAAAGCACGUGCCCAGAUCCGUUUUCGUAGAUCUGGAGCCGACGGUCGUAGAUUCCGUAAGGUUGGGCGCUUACCGUGAACUAUAUCAUCCGGAGCAACUGAUAACGGGCAAAGAGGAUGCCGCUAAUAAUUACGCUCGCGGUCAUUACACCAUUGGCAAAGAGCUCAUUGAUCAGGUGUGCGAUAGGAUCCGCAAAUUGUCUGAUCAGUGCCACGGGCUACAGGGAUUCCUGAUCUUCCACUCGUUCGGUGGAGGAACCGGCUCGGGAUUCACAUCGCUUUUGAUGGAAAGUCUCUCUGUAGAUUAUGGUAAAAAGAGCAAACUGGAGUUCGCCGUCUAUCCUGCCCCUCAGGUCUCCACAGCCGUCGUCGAGCCGUACAACUCUAUUCUCACCACCCACACUACCCUCGAGCACUCCGAUUGCGCUUUCAUGGUAGAUAACGAAGCCAUCUACGAUAUCUGCAAGAAGAAUCUAGAUAUACCCAGACCGGGUUACACCAAUUUAAACAGGCUCAUCGGACAAAUCGUAUCUUCAACAACAGCUUCUCUCAGAUUCGAUGGAGCAAUGAACGUAGAUCUGACCGAAUUCCAAACCAAUUUGGUGCCCUAUCCACGAAUUCACUUUCCUCUGGUAACUUAUGCGCCAAUCGUAUCAGCAGCCAAAGCCUACCACGAGCAAAUCUCCGUAGCCGAGAUAACAAACGCAUGCUUUGAACCAAACAACCAGAUGGUUAAAUGCGAUCCACGUCGUGGCAAGUACAUGGCGUGCUGCAUGCUCUACAGAGGAGACGUCGUUCCUAAAGACGUUAAUGCUGCAAUUGCUACCAUCAAAACCCGAAAAAACAUUCAAUUCGUGGACUGGUGUCCCACUGGUUUCAAAGUUGGAAUCAACUACCAACCACCGACCGUGGUACCAGGAGGAGAUUUGUCUAAAGUUCAAAGAGCCGUCUGCAUGCUGUCCAAUACCACGGCCAUAGCCGACGCAUGGGCGAGGCUCAACCACAAGUUCGAUUUGAUGUACUCGAAAAGGGCUUUCGUCCAUUGGUACGUCGGUGAGGGCAUGGAGGAGGGCGAAUUUUCCGAGGCUCGCGAAGAUUUGGCGGCGUUGGAGAAGGACUACGAGGAAGUCGGCACCGAUUCCGGUGGCGACGAAGAGGGUUCAUACAUGGAAAACGAAUACUAAAUUUCGGGAUGGGAGGUGUGUUUUAAUUCUGUAUUUGUUUUGUGCAUACCAUUUUUUUCAUUUCCACUAUUUUAGCAUUGUUUCGUUAUUAUUAUCAUUAUUAUUUUAAUUUUUCCCCACUUGCAGCCACACAAUAAAAAAUAAUAAAGCGCUUGCAAUUAAGAAAAUUU